UUCAGCCGAUUUUGAGCAAUUUUAUUUUCGUUUUCUGAUCAUUAAUUGCUGAAAAAGCAACAUCUUUAUAUGGUGAAUUCGUUAUAGAACAUAACUAUCGUUCAAUGAAAUAGACAUUCGCGAUGGUGAGUUUCCCAGAACACAUAAAAAAACUGAUAACAAAUCCAAAUGUACAUUAUGUGUAGGUAAUACAUCAUGUACAUAGUGCAUUAGUGGUGUAGGGUAGCUUGGGUUUGCCAUUACAUACAUGACAUUACUAAUUACUAACGACAAAGUAAAAAGGAAAAUGGCUCUUUCUCUGAGGGAGAUGAUUAGAAAAGAAGUGUCUGAGUACACGACUGCAGUGAAACAGGUGGAGCAAACUUUUAAGAGGGCUCCGGAUAAUCCCGGUAGGACAACUCAGACAGAGACUGACAUAACUGAACAUAGCCAAAGUGCAAAUGAAGCCAGCAUCGUGGGUCAUGUAAAAAAAGAACUUCCAGAUUAUGAUGAGAUGGCUACGAAUGACGAGCAGGGAUAUCAUCAAUCGGUGGAAGCUGCAUCUUAUUCUGGCGCGGAAAGAGAACCCGAGCACUUUGACGUCGAUUGCGAGACGAUCAAAACUGAACAAGAAUUUGAAAGUGAUGACGAGCUCAUAUUUCAAGAUUCAGUGGAACAUUCUCAUAUGAGAGUUGGUCCAUAUCCAGUGUCUGAACCACAAAGCUUGGUAGUCGAUUGCGAAACGAUCAAAACUGAACACGAAUCGGUGUGUGAAAGUGAUGCAGACCCUGAACUCAAUAGCUCAGUCCAUGAUGGCAUGUUGGCUGAUUGUUCUCGUGAUUCUCUUGACUUGGGGGAUGGAGUCUCUAGUCGUGGUGAUGCAGCUGUAGUUGGGAAGGUUCUGUUGAGGAUUGAUGUGGAUGAUCAGUUAUGUGGAGCGGAUGUGAAGAUGGAACCGGAGGAUUCGAUGAUUCAACACUGGGAGGUUGAUAACACUGGAAAUUUAAAUAUGACUGGAACAUCAACUGCCACUGUCUGUCCCCCUGAAACUGACGAAGACCAUUUUAUCAUCACAAAGAACAAACAGUCAAGUUCGACAGAAAAAGAACAACGAAGUACGCGUAAAAAAACACCAUUCAAGUGUAGAUAUAUGUGCACAAUAUGUCGGACUGUCUUUGAGGAACAAAGUGCUCUAGCAGCACAUCAAAAUGUUCACAAGGGCAAGAAACUAUUCAAGUGUAAAAAAUGUGACUUUGUAUUCGUUAAUCUUGAUGAAUUAACUGUUCAUGAAGAGUUCCAUUGUGAGAAACGGUUCAAGUGUGAAUUCUGUGACAUGGCUUUUCCGAGAAGACGGGAUAUAGAUAGUCACAUUUUGACCCACACUGGGGAGAGGCCGUAUAAGUGUCAACACUGUACAAAAGAUUUUAGAACGAAAGCUGCGUGCACAAAACACGAGUACCAACAUUCCAAUCUUAAGUUCCAGUGUGAAACUUGUGGGGUGAAAUUUGCCAUAAAGAACGAGUUAGUAAAACAUAUCCCUGAAGCGCAUGGUCAAAAAGGUUUUCAAUGCCGGACGUGUGGUAAGGGUUUUAACAAAAGGGCGCGGUUGCUCGAACACCAACGUGUCCACACUGAGGGUAAAAACCCGCAUAAAUGUGAAAUUUGUGAAAAAUCGUUUUCGACGCAAAGCUAUCUUCGUUUGCAUCGUAAGGGACACGUUGGGGGGCAAAGUUUUGAAUGUGGGACUUGUGGAAAAGUCUUUGAGAAAAAGAGAGCUUUAGCAGGGCAUGAACUUAUCCAUACUGGGGAAAGAAAAUUCAAGUGUGAAGUGUGUGGAAUGGCAUUUUCAAAGAAACAUGGUUAUAAUGUGCACAUGCUUAUCCAUACUGGGGAAAAACCAUACAAGUGCAGAUUCUGUGGAAAAGAUUUUCGGCAUAAAGCGGGUGUUCGUAGUCAUGAAAAGAUAUGUAAGAUUAAACCUGAGGAGACUUUGGCACUGCAGAAUGCUGAGGAAACUGAGGUUGAAGUGACUCCUAACCAUGGUAUGGAAACUGAGGCUGAAGUUGAGGAAACUGAGGCUGAAGUGACUCUGCAUAUAAAGCCAGGUUAAAGUGUAUUAUGAUUGAAAAAAUUGUACGGGAUACUUUAA